AUGUCGAAAGUCGAAGAAAUUACGAUCUCUUCAUUCCUAAGUCUCUUCACCUCUAAUGGACUGUACAUGAUCUUGUACUCGUGGUUGUUUGGGAUGUCUCUGUGGAUAACUUUCUUCGGAGGCGUCAUUGCUUUCAAAGCCCUUCCUCGUCAACAGUUUGGCAAUUUACAACACAAGACCUUUCCUAUCUAUUUUGUUAUAUCCAUCACCUUGGUCUCUGGCCUUCUCCUUCUCUGGACUUCCGCUCACCCUGAUGUUAUGACUUACUGGGAUCGACCAUUGGUCGCGGAUGUCUCGCAGGUUUAUAUCCUCUUCUCGGUUUUGAUAUCGCAGGGUAUAAACUACACUGUCAUUGGUCCUUUGACUAGCCGUACAAUGUUCGAGCGUCACAGGUUGGAGAAGGAGGAAGGCAAAGCUUACAACGAGCCUGGGGUUUCGGAUGCCAUGAAAGGUCUUAACAGACGUUUUGGGUCUCUUCACGGCAUCAGCUCCUUGCUCAAUUUGUGGGCUGUGAUCGCUAUCGGAUUGCAUGGAUUAUGGAUUGGAAAUGCUGGGGUCAAAGGUUAUUAG